GCUUCAAGCUCGUUGGCUAACAAGAAAUUUUCUAAUGGACCAUUAGCAGAAGCUUUUGCUGGGAUGGAAAGAGAUGGAGUGGACAUGCAUAUAAUGAUGUUUCUUUGUGCUAAUGGAAUUCCUUUUAAUGUCUUGAGGAGUCCACAAUACCCUGAAAUGGUAGCAGCCAUUCAGAAAGCUCCGAAGGGAUACAAACCUCCUGCCUAUGAGAAGGCCAGAACUACCCUUUUAGAUGCAUGUAAGAGAAAGGUGGAAACUGACUUAGAUCCGGUUAGGCAGACAUGGUAUUCCCAUGGUGUCUCCAUCGUUUCUGAUGGGUGGACAAAUAUGAAGAACCAACCUUUAAUCAAUGUCAUGGCAUCAAACAGUUGUGGUUCAAUGUUCCUGUAUGCUGAAGACUUCUCCGGACAAGAGAAGACAGGUGAAGCCAUUGCAGAAUUUUUGCUGCAAGCUAUUGAAGAGAUUGGCCCAGCUAAUGUCCUUCAGGUCGUCACUGAUAAUGCAUCUAAUUGCAAAGUUGCGGGUAGAGAAAUCCAGAAAGUGCAUAAGCAUAUAUUUUGGUCCCCAUGUGUGGUGCACACACUGAAUCUUAUAUUCAAAGAUUUCGCAAAUCAGUUUGCUUGGAUGGUUGACACAUACCAGACUGGAAAAGUAAUUGUGAAGUUCUUUAGGAACCACCAACACUUUCAAGCUCUCUUUAGAAAGAACUCUGACUUGGAUCUGUUAAAGGUCUCAAAAACAAGAUUUGCAUCUCACUAUAUUUUGCUUAAGAGGCUUAUGGAUGUCCGAGAGACACUUACUACUACCGUUGUCACAAGCAAGUGGAAGGAAUUGGUGAGGGAUGCUGAUGUGCAAACAAGAGCAGCAGCAAAUGCGAUUGCCCAGAAUAUCAUGGAUGAGGCAUUUUGGGAUGAGAUUAACAUCAUCCUUGAUAUCACAAGACCAUUGUACAUGGUAAUCAAGUUCAGCGAUGGAGAAGGUCCAAAAUCUGGUGAUAUUUAUGAAAAAAUGGACAAUAUGCUUGGCGAGAUACAAGAUGUCAUGACAAACGAAGAUAACCCUCACAAGGAUGAUUGGCCCGAGGUAAACAACAUUAUUCUUGAUCGGUGGGGAAAGAUGAAUUGGAACUUCCAUUGCUUAGCAUUCGCUCUUUCUCCAAAAUACUAUGAUCAAGCAUAUCUUGCAACUCUUGCUCCUGGUGGUGGUAAAAGGAAAGCUCCAAAUGAUGACAAGGAGGUUAUGCAAGGUGUUAUGCAGGCCCUUAAUAGAAUUGCAGAAGACCAAAAGGAAUAUGCUCUUUUACGUGAAGAAUUCAACACAUUUAUAAUGAAGAAAGGUUUGUAUGCAUUGUCGGCUGUUCAAGCUGAUGCAGCAGCAAUGAAUGCCAUUGACUGGUGGUUCACUUAUGGCUCCGAAACUCCAAAUUUAAGCGAGGUGGCAAAGAAAGUGUUGUCUCAGCCAAUAAGUAGCUCCUCUGCUGAAAGAAAUUGGAGUACCUACUCAUUUAUACACAGUGUAAAGAGAAACAAGUUGAAUACAAAGACAGCUGAUAAGCUUGUCUAUAUUCAUGCAAACGAGCGACUCAGGAGAAGGUUUACAGAGGGCUACAAUUCAGGACCGCAUUAUAAGUGGGAUAUUGAUCCUGAUAAUAGCUUACUGGAGGAGUCAAGCUUGAAGCUUGAGCAGCUGCGUUGGUCUUCCUUGGAGGACAAUAGAACCCAUUGAUGAAGCAGCUGAACCACCACAAAAAAUUCAGAGGAAAUGACCGGUACAUGGUGAGUUUGUCUUGGUGAACCUGGAAAGCUGGAACGCUGGAGCAGUCACUUGGAUGCAGCUGGACUGCUGGAGCACAUGAGCACAUGAGUCACUUGAGCGGUGCUACUGAAGUUGAUUUUGUCCAUUAUCUUAGUCAUUUUGCUUGCUUGUUUGAAACUUUGGUUCACUAUAAUUUCGAAUAUCUGUGUUAAGUCAAGUAUUUUUCUAAGAAUUUCUGUAUUAAGUCAAGUAUUCUGUUAAGAAUCCGGUACUUUAAUUAAAUA